AUGAAUCUCACCAAAGUCACUCAUAUUGCUCAGAAACGUGUUCCGCUUAUUAAGUUUCUCGGUCCGAGAAGAAAAUUAGUGCAGACAGUGGAUCCCAAGCCUCAACUUCAUCCGUUAGCGCCCAAAGGAGCUACAUUACCCAAGAAUCAUCAGGAGCAGCAUAUCUACUUAACGAGUUAUGACGAACUGCCCGACAAAUACAGAAGAACAGAAUUAGCGUCUGAUGAAAUAGAAGCUAUUGAGGCAUGUUUUUCUCGUAUUCAUUUGCCAGAAAUGGCAUUGGGGCGCACCAGUAUCAUAGGUCUUACAUACAUGUUACUACUUCUGUAG